AUGAGUUCUAGGUUAUCUGGGAAGGUGAACUGGUUCAACGAUAUUAAGGGGUUUGGAUUCAUUACCCCUGAUGAUGGUACUGAGGAGAUUUUCGUUCACCAAUCUCAGAUCAAGACUGAUGGUUUCCGGAGCCUUGCUCCCGGUGAAUCUGUUGAGUAUCAGGUUGAAUAUGGUUCCGAUGGAAGACCCAAGGCUGUUCAGGUGACUGGACCUGGUGGUGCGGCUGUGCAGGGAAGCGAGCGAAGCAGAGAUAGUGGAGGAGGCGAUGGUUAUGGUGGUAGUGGACGUGGAGGAGGACGCAGUGGUGGGGCAGGAGAUGCUAAUCAGGGGCAUGACCCUUAG